UCCGAGUCUCCAGCCUCUCGGCCCAGGCGCCUGGGAACUCGAGCAACAACAACAACAACAAACCGUCGCCCUUCCUGUCCAUGGACAACGUGAUCCGCGACACGGGCUACGACAGCCGCAUGCGGCCCAACGUGGACGGGCCUCCCGUUGUCGUAAACUGCAGCAUUUUGGUGAAGGGCUUUGGGCCCGUCGAAGAGGCGACCAUGGAUUACAGCAUCAACAUUUUCCUGCGUCAGACUUGGAAUGACCCCCGCAUCCUGAACGUCUUGAAGAGCAUCGAGUACAACACUGACUUCUUGGAUCUUGGGAACAGUUUUGUUGACUCCGUGUGGAAGCCUGACCUCUUCUUUGAAAACGAGAAGAGUGCAGCCUUCCACACCGUCACCACGGACAACAAAAUGCUGAGAGUGUUCAGAAAUGGGGACGUGUUCUACUCCGUGAGAUUGUCUCUCGUACUUGCGUGCCCCAUGAGUCUGGAGGUUUAUCCCAUGGAUGCACAAUAUUGCAGCAUCUAUCUUGAGAGCUAUGGAUAUACAACGAAUGACCUGAUAUUCCAGUGGAAUGACACGGAGCCCGUGAGUUUCGGCGCUGGCGUUUCAACCCCGAAAUUCACACUCUCUAACGAAACGUUCCUCGGUGAAUGCACGAAGGAGUACACGUACGGUGAGUACGAAGCAGUUCGUUCGGCUCAACACGACAAACGUGCACGGGGAUAUCGACGUAAAGAUGCCGAUAAUGAUGAUGCCAUCUGGCUUCUUACAGGUACAUUCUCCUGCGUCAAGGCCACAUUUUUCCUGGACCGAGACAUGGGCUACUACCUCAUCCAGGUCUACAUACCCAGCUGCCUCCUGGUCAUCAUCUCCUGGCUCUCGUUCUGGCUCAACGUGGAGGCCGCGCCGGCCCGCGUGGGCCUGGGGAUCACCACCAUCCUCACCGUCACCACGCAGAUGACCUCAGCGAAUGCCGCCCUGCCCAAGGUGCUAUACGUCUCGAAACGGGGAAGGGUGAAGAUGUACGAUGUGUCCUACAUCAAAGCCAUCGACGUGUGGAUGGGUGCAUGCCAGGUGUUCGUAUUUUCUGCCCUACUGGAGUUUGCCGCUGUGAACAUGGCCACCAGACGACACGGAAUCAGCCCCAGCCAUCACGACGGCGACCAUGGCACCAAGGGAGAGGUGAGCGAUGAAGAAUGGCGCUACCAGUCUUUGCUGCACGCUCGUCGGAUCGACUAUAUUUCCCGCGUCAUCUUCCCAACCGUCUUCAUGAUUUUCAACAUCUUCUACUGGGUAAUCUACCUGAAGCUCUCCUUCCACUAGAACCGCGCUGGGCCGCGCGGUGAGAGCGACACGAGAGGUGUCUUCGAUCCAAACACGAGGUCCGGUGCCGCUCGUGCUCAGCGCGUGCAGCUGCACAGCGACACCCCCCCCCUACACACAAAUUUAGGGUCCCACACGACGUUCAACGUAUGUCUCCGUGUGCGUGUGUGAGUUCGUCUCGUCUGCUUCUUUCCGUCGUUAUUCAUCCAUCUGCGUUGAGCCCAAAAUAUGGUCCCUCUAACCCCCAUUCGCGACAAGUGGUGGCUUCAUUAUGGUGUCCUCAACCAGACAGUAGCAUGCAAACCAUUAAGAGGUGAUCAUGGUCAAAGCCGCCGAUGCCACCACAACCUUACUUUCGCUCUCUACACAGUAGACACGCGAUCUCCAAAUAUCUGCCCUGACAGUCUCCCGCCCUGUGGCCUCAGGUCUUC